CGUGAUCUGGCUUUCAUUGAGUGAACUGGUCGAAAAAGUGUCAGCGUCACAAAUUGGAAGAGAGGUUGAAUCUGCAAUCAGAGAAGAUCAAACAGCACGAGAAGAGAUAACGGACCAGUAAACAUCAAAUCUAAUUAAGAAAACAGAAGUCUUGGAUUACAGCAUGAUUCACAAUCAGACCAAGCUGUAACCAUCCGAAUCGAGCUGGCUAAAUGCGCCUAUAGGGAAGCAAAGGCCAAGAACUUUGAGUGAAGUGAAGUGAAGUGAGUAAUCUAAGAUGAAAUUGGCUGAAGUAAUAAUGUUAGACAAAUUGUGAUAUUGCUUAUGCACUUAAAGAAAAUUCGAUAGUUUAUUUUCAAAGUAGUAGGUAACUUUAACAUGGCACAAUGCAAACAAAGUCCUCAAGAAUUUAUCAAAAAUGCAUUCAAUCCUCAAGUGGCAGUAAUGUGCACCCCAAUUGCCGAAAAAUGUUGCCAGAAAAAUAAUUUGGAUUUCAUAGAGUUACUGCAACCAUUUUCUAAGUUGAGCAAUGAUGUUUCAUACAAAGAUCCAACAGGAACUGCUAAGACUGUUCGUAAUCUCAGGUUAACAUUCAUGGACAUAUCUUGGAGACCUCCCCAAACGCCGCUGGCGCGAAAACUAUUAAAUUCAUCUGUAAGUAAUGCUCCGGAGAGUAAGAACCAAUUAUUUCAAGUAGGAAAGUACAACCUGGAUAUACCUUUGAAUACCCCUUGGUUUGAGGCGUGGAGAGACACAUUUUUAAGAGUACAAUAUCCUUCAGAUCACGAGUUCACUAAACAUUUUCUAGCCUGUAUUUUAGUGGUGAGCUCAGCUGAUAACACUCCAGUUGAAACAUUUGUAAGGUUAGCACAAACUUUGACUCAGGCACAAAGUCGUGAGCCAGGAAAACUGCCAAAAUGGUUCAAUUCAAGUAUUUUGAAGUAUUAUGUUAUUAUGCAUGACAAUCUGGAUGGUGAUUUAUCUAUCUCAUAUCAACCAGCCAUGCUUCUCUUGUUUUUAUUAUUGUUGUUAUGUUUAUGUUUUUUAUUGAGAGUGAACUCGAGGGCUCCGAAUAUUUUAAUCACUGAUCAUUUACCUGAUCCUUGGACACAUUUCAUUGAUGAACAUUUGGAUAUUAAAGAGUAUCAGGUAUCUACAGACAAUAAUGUGAUGAAAACAUCAUUAGAAAUUGGACAAGAAGCAGAAGAAGUUAAAAAUAUUGAUUACCAUCCUCUCAGUCCUGUCAAUGAAGAUUUGUCUUUGGGAGAUUAUAUGAAUGAGGAAGAUAAACCUCUGAAAAUUCCACCAAAACCUAAAAAUCAUGGUGCUUGUCUAUCAAGUGACGAUGUGGAACAAGUGAAAUUGUUGGUGUACGAAUUUGCAAAAAGUUGUUUACUACCAUACAUAGAAAAACAAAUACUUGUAUUGAAUGAUGUAGUCUCAAACAAGAAAGGGGUUAGCAAAUCAAUAUUUAGCGCUACGAAAAGAUGGUUUAGUGCAAAUAAGCCUGGAGCUAGUUCUGUUGCUGUCAAUAAUUUGAUAUACUCUCCAGAUUCCCCAGAGUUACAGAUCAGAAGGUUGGGCGACUUAUAUUUUAUGUUUGGUAACUAUUCUCUAGCUUUUCAAGCAUACCAUUUGGCAAAGAGGGAUUAUAAUACAGAUCAAGCUUGGUUAUACUAUGCUGGAGCCCUGGAAAUGGCAGCUUUAUCAGCAUUCAUGGCCAAUGAAUCCAAUAGAAAAAGCUGUGAUUAUAUGGAGGAAAGUAUUAUAACUUAUUUGAACACCUGCAAAAUGCCCCAGUUUUCUACAAGAGCAACAAUACUCAGUGCAGAAUGCCUCAAAUUCCAAAACCUGUUCGGUGAAGCUGCCCACCAACUGAUCAGGAUGACGAGUGAAGAAUCAGAUCUCAGAUCAGCCUUGCUGCUGGAGCAAGCAUCUUAUUGUUUUUUACAAUCAAAAAUGGUUCGCAAAUAUGCUUUCCACAUGGUCCUAGCUGGUCACCGAUUUUCUAAGGCAGCCCAAAGAAAAUAUUCCUUGAGGUGCUACAAGCAAGCUUAUCAGAUAUAUGAGAAUACAGGGUGGGAUCUGGCUAGUGACCAUAUUCAUUACACCAUUGGCAGGCAGGCUAAUAACUUGCAUCAUUUUGAUGAGGCUGUGGAUUCAUUCUCGAAACUUUUGCAAGGGGAAAGUAAGCAGACUCCACAGCAGCAAGCAAUUUUUCUGAAGGAGUAUUUGGCAAUAUUAGAGAAUAAACUCAAAACUGAGAGUGAAAAUGAUCAACUAACGAGUCCAAUUUUGCCUGUACCAGAAUUAGACGUAAACUCUGUUAAGUUAUUAGUUGGACCUACCAGACCUCUCUCAACUCCUGGUACCAUACCAGCUCUAGGUAUAACCUUCAAUAGUACAGAAGAUUCUGUAUUGAGAAACAAGUGGAUGAAACUGGAGGAAAUGUUUAUACAAGAAGUGGAAGGUCCUCUCUCAGUUGUAUUCAAACCCAUGGUGACCCUCUACACUUUGAAUAAACUAGACAAAAAUAAACCAGUUGCUAUUGUGAAUGAACCAGUACAAAUUUACCUGAAACUGUGCAAUACUCUUCAAACGUUACUGCUCCUUAAAGAUAUGUAUUUGUUGUGGACGUUUCGGAAUGGAGAUGAUGUUAUUACCAAUGAAAUUAUAAAUAGUAAUAAAGACGAAUAUGUUAAGACCUAUAUAACGAAGUCUGUAACAAUCGAAGCUGGGUCGUAUCAGGAGUUGGUCCUUUCAUUGACUCCGCUGAUGACUGGCAGCAUGACGAUAUAUGGUUUUUCUUAUACAUUAACAGGAUCGAACUCGGCUGCAGAGUCAAAUUCUAUAAAAGGGAAACAAUUUAUAGAAAUUUUAGAUAGCAGUGCCAAGGACGACCAAAGUAUUGUGAAUAAUGAACGCAGUUUUUUAGACGUAAUAGUUGUUCCACCAGCACCAUGUCUUCAGGUCACAUUCUCCGAAAUACAUCAGGAUUUUUUAGCAGAUGAACUGCAAAGAGUGUCUGUUAAUUUCCAGAAUACAAGCUCAGUGCCUCUACAGAAUAUUUACAUGGCUACUUCAGUACCUCAUUUGCUUUGUAAUUGUGAGUUCAAACAGGAACGCAGAGAUAAUGAGAAUACUAUCGACCUGAGCACUCCUGCAGCUAGAGAAAAGUUUGUUAGAAAAAAUCACCUAACGUCAGUACCCCUGCCAAAGGAUGUUUUAGAGCCAGGGCAGACUCUGCCAAUUUCAAUAUGGAUUAAAGCACCAAAUACCAAAGGAUCUUGUGCAAUAGAUUUGCUCAUUUAUUAUGAAAAUAGCAAUAGAAACAGUAUUCCUAGGUAUCGACUGGUGAGGCACAAUUGGAAUCUAAUGGUUCAGGAAUCACUCAUUGUGGAUGUCUCAUCCGAGACCAGCCAUAACUCUAAAACUGUAGAAGAACUUUCUUUGGCCAUAAAAAUAACGAACUUGAACAAAGUCCAUUACUCUGUAAUAACUGAAGUGAUGUUGCUCAGUGUUGGUCUUUUAAGUAAAUAUUGGACUCUGACUAAAGAUAUUGUAACACCCAAAUAUAUCAAUCUCCAUUCUCAAGAAUCGGCCCACAUAUUACUCAAAGCAAAAAGAGUUGUAAGGAAUGUAAGUGAAUAUUCCAGCAUACCUUUGAACGCUGAUAAGAAAUCCAUGAAUAGUUUGUUGAAUACCUACCUAGCAUUUGCCAAAAAAAAUGAGAAACCUUCUUUAACCAUGUUUGAUGAUUUUGAAUCGUACAAGUUCAAAGAGAACAAGGAUGGAAUUUUACUGGUUCAGUGGCAAGCCCAUGUAGUAGAAGGCGCUAAAAGGAGAAUAGUCUAUGGCCAAACUCAAGUACCAAUCGAAAUCAAUAGAAAAAAUAUAUUGCAGAUAGAUAGAUAUCUUGGUGAAACUUUUAUUGACAUAUCUGAUAAAACGCCAUCUGAAGAAUCUAGUAAGCAAAGUGCCGAUAACCAAGUGUCUUACAACUUGGUCUACCCUCCAAUUGUUCAACACGAUUUUGAGAAUUCAAAACUUUGUAUCGUUCCCAUAAAGAUUCUCCUGCAUAGUAUAGUGGACACCAAGACACUUUCUGUGGUUGUAAAUGUAACAGAGCCAAGCGUCAAAACCUGUACGAACAAAGCAAAUCUCUUCUACAGUUAUGCUUCUAGUAAUUUCUGUUGGUUGGGAAAUGCCAAAAUUAAUAAGGACCUGCAACCUUUGACAACUGAUGCUGUUCAUCUUGCUGUUGCUUUGUUGGGACCAGGAACGUUCGACUUAGGUGCUCAUAUUCAGGUUUUAUGCAAGAGAUCAGAUUAUCCUGAACCAUUUGUACUUCAGUCUUGUCAAAUUCAUUCAACUUUGAUUGUUGUAAAUACUAAUAGUUAAUUAAUUUA